UUGAGCUGUAAGGCUCAUGACCAUGAACUAACUAAAAGGGUGGUUCGCUGGUUAAGCUAUAAGGCUCAUGACCAUGAACUAACUAAAAGGGUGGUUUGCUGGUUGAGCUGUAAGGCUCAUAACCAUGAACUAACUAAAGGGGUAGUUUGUUGGUUGAGCUGUAAGGCUCAUGACCAUGAGUUAUCUAAAAGAGCAGUUUGCCGGUUGAGCUGUAAGGCUUACAGCCAUAAACUAUCUAAAGAUGAG